UCAAAUAAAGUGUUAGCCACAUAAAAUAAUAUGCGAAGCCUUUGGGCGAGAGAUUGAAAAGCCUCUAUGCAUGGGGUAUUCGAACCGGAGAUGUGUAGGUUCUAGACAAACGACUUACCCCGGUGAUCUAACACCUUCAAAAAAAAAUGUUAAAACAAAAUAAAACAAGGGUCCUAAUAAAUCCACAUGGUAUCGUCUUAUUCUAACAUGGUUUAUACGGGUCGUAUAAGGUUAUACGACCCGUAUAGAAUAAAGUGAACCGACAAAGGUUGUGCCCUCGUCACCAAACGCACCAUCUACGAUAAACAGGGUAGCGGUCAGCCGUUAAAAAUCUGGCUUACGUGCGAUUGUGCCGGCGAGUACAAAUCAACAGCCACGGUCAGACGCAGCGGGACCAGGAAAACCGGUUGCAAGUUCCAACUGAUCGGGGCAUACAAAAAGAGGUUAGGUUAUUGGGAUCUAAAGGUUGAUGAAGCUAAACAUAACCACGAACUAUUUCUGUAUCCAGAGGGUCAUACGUCCCUAAUGAGGCUGACUCCAUCAGAAGAGAUGACGGUGGAGCAAAUGACGCAUCAGAACAUAAAACCACGAGACAUUCUUGCUGCCAUUAAAGAACAGAACCCCCAUAAUGUCUCAACAAGAAACACCAUAUACAACGCUCGGGCCAAAUUGGGUCGAAUGGAACAAGUCGGCGAGACUCCAAUGCAGAUACUUUUCGACCGGUUGGGGAAGGUUGGGUUUGUUUUUUACCAUAGAACAUCUCAAAACGGCGAACGGGUCGAGGAUGUUUUCUUCAUCCACCCGGAGUCGAACUUGUUGUGGCGCGCCUUCCCGCAUGUGUUGCUUAUAGACGCCACCUACAAGACGAAUCGGUACAAAAUGCCGCUAGUCCAGAUUAUCGGCGUUACAUCCACGUUGAUGUCGUUUUGCAUUGCUCAUGCAUUCGUAAGCAACGAGAAACAGGAAAACUUCACAUGGGUUCUACAGAGGUUGAAACACUCAUUAGACAAUGUUAUGAAACCCCGUGUAAUAGUAACGGAUAGAGAUCGCGCCCUAAUGAACGCAUGUGCAACCGUGUUUCCCAGGGCUAGACAUUCAUUGUGUAGGUGGCACAUACAGCAAAACAUCUUCAAACAUUGCAGGAAAAGCUUUAAAACAGAUGAUAAAUGGGAAAGGUUUCUUUACAAGUGGGGCGAGCUAAUUAACUCAACGACCGAUCAUGACUACAACUACUGGUACGAGCGAAUACGAUCAAACUUGCCACGCAAAAAAACCGACGAGAUUAUGAACUAUUUGGAUUCAAUCUGGUUACAACCAUAUAGAGACCGAUUUGUUUCGUUCUGGAGCGACCAACAUCUGAACUUCGGUCAACGUACAACGAACAGGGCAGAGGGUCAACAUGCCCUUUUGAAGCAGUACCUAGGCGACUCUAAUUACACCCUGGAGAAAGUGGUACCACUUAUCGAUAAGCUCAUAAGAAACCAGGUGACAGAAAUCAAAGGCAGCAUUGAAACAAGCAGGAGCCGAACAUUGGGUCAUCAUAACAAACCAAUAUUUAAUCUCCUACUAAAGAAGGUUUCACAUGCCUGCCUAGAGUUGAUAUCAGACGAAGUAAAUGAAAUAGAAAAAUUAAUGUUAUAUAACCGUACAUGCGCGUGCCGUUUGUAUACAAGUUGUGGGUUGCCAUGCGCGUGUCGGUUGGAACCGUAUACAACGAAUGGUGAAAUGAUCCCGUUGGAGUUGAUAGGCCCUUUUGGAGAAAGUUAAAUUUGGACUCCAUAGUGGAACCGAGCAAGGUUGACUCUUUCGACUUAGACGGAGAAUUUGCGCUUCUCAAACAACAUUUAAGUGCUCAGCCAAGAGAACUCAAGAAAACCUUGAUUCAAAAGAUGAAGGAGUUGGUACAACUCAAUAAGACGAAGCUUAAACAACCAGUUGUGCAAAAAAACACACGGGGUCAUCCAACUUUAAAAGCUCAGCAACAAAGGAAGGAUUAUUCGUUUACGGAGCCUUCUAGACACAACUUUUUUACAACGCAGGACCAGUAUAGUGAUUCACAAGAUGGGUUUGGCACACAAGAGUCAACGAUCGAACCUGCCAGGCACAGCUCGUUUGUCGAGUCACAAAGUUAUUGUACUGAAACACCUAUGUUCUUCGGCGAGAUUGUGAAAGGCCCUAAGAAUUCGAAAAUGAAAAACAAGGUCGCAAAAUCAAAGGAAGAGCCACCAGACUUACCUUUGCUGCCUGUCGGACAAGUUAAUAUGUUCUUGCACUUCAAAAAGUACAUUCCACCGUGCUUCUAUCCACACCUCAGUCACAUACAAAAUGUG